AUGGGAUCGAAUAUUGAAGAUAGUUUUCAACAGGAUUCAAUUUCUUCUACAAAAUCUCAAAUUUUAAAUGAAGAUGUAUCUUCUAAUAAAAUUUUUUAUGAGGAUACAGAUACAUCUAAAAUUAUUUAUAUUGAAAAUACAAAGGAAUUUCGUAGAUGGAGUAUUUUAUAUCCCUUAUAUUUUGAUUCAAGACGUUCUAUUAAAGCUGGACGAAAAGUUCCUAUUAGUAAAGCGGUGACAAAUCCCUUAGCAAAUAUAAUGGCAAAUGGUGCAAAAGUUCUUGGUUUUUCUUGUAUUUUUGAGCCUAAUAAAACACAUCCUAAAGAUUGGGCUAAUCCUGGCCGUAUACGUAUUUUAUUUAAAGAAAAUGGUAUUCCUUCUCAUGUAUCAUUGAAGACAAAAAAGGCAUUGUACUUAGCGUUAUCAAGUUAUCUUCAAGCUAAUCCAACAACAAAAAUGUCUCCUAUGAAAGUACCUGUUUCUGGAUUUAAUAAGCCACCUUCUUUGCCAGAUAUUCCUAAAGGAAUUUUAAUGGGAGAUAUAUUACCGUUAAAUUCUCCGGCAUUAGUUAGUGAUGAAUUUUUAGAAAAUUUCUCCAAAGAUAUGACUAAAGAACAAAAGUGUAAUAUUAACCGAUCAAAGCAGAAGAAGGAGAAAAAGAAAAAAAAUUAGAAAUUAAUAUUUUUUUGUCUUAAAAUU